ACGUGUACGUUCUCGAAGACGAAGAAGACAAGGGAUCAAGCCGAGAGUAGUUGUCCGGAAAACGCGUCUAGUCAUGGCCAAAAUCGUUGCUACGAAGGACUUUUUCUUGUGGAGCAUGUCUGCAAUAUAUCUAUUUGCAUUUGCUUCUCUUUACAUUCAAAUUCCAGGUCUCUAUGGCGCCAACGGCAUCCUACCUGCCGAAUCCCAACUUAAAAGGAAUGGCCGACACCCUGUGGCCUGCUUCCAGGAGAAGCCUACCCUUCUUUGGUUUGCUCCUGAUCUUGGUCUCUCCACGGAACAUGCAAUGGAACUCUUCUGCGUCCUAGGAUGUCUCCUCUCGGUCGUUUGCCUCGUCUCGAGGAGGAUGCGGGACAGCAUCUCUUACGGGUGCCUCUGGUUCCUCUAUCUCUCUGUGUAUCAGGUUGGUCAAACAUUCCUCUGGUUCCAGUGGGACAUUCUUCUCCUUGAGACCGGGAUCCUCACCAUCCUAGUCGCCCCCCUCCACCUCUACAAGGGGCGAGACCCUACCCCCCACCACCACGAUGCCAUCACCCUCUGGUUGGUCCGCUGGCUUCUCUUCCGCCUCAUGUUCGCCUCUGGCGUGGUUAAGCUAACCAGCCGCUGCCCGACCUGGUGGGGACUGACGGCCCUGAACUACCACUAUGAAUCUCAGUGUAUUGCUACCCCUUUGGCUUGGUAUGCCCAUCAGCUCCCGGAAUGGCUCCAGAAGCUAAGCGUUGUAGCGACAUACUUCAUUGAGAUAGCUCUCCCGUUCCUAUUCUUCGCGCCCUUCAGGAGACUCAAAUUAUUUGCCUUUUAUGGACAGAUGCUGCUACAAGAGCUAAUCAUCCUCACAGGAAAUUAUAACUUCUUUAAUCUUCUAACGAUGGCCCUCUGUAUCUCGCUUCUAGACGACAGAUACCUGGGCAAAGACAAAAAUGUUUAUCACGGCACAUCCUUCUCUCGAUUUCUACGGAGUGCGAUCUGUGUGUCUGUCUAUGCGGGUCUUUUUUAUGGUCUUAUCCACUAUUUUGAACUUAAGAUAGACUUUGAUUCAUUCAGUGUUACAUCAAAUUUAGCCUUCAGUGAGUAUGAUUUCUUCAAUGCACUCACAAAUGUCAUGCCUUAUACUGUGUGGAUGGGUAUCAUUUCUCUGGGAGCUGUGAUAAUAACAGCAUUGUGGAGAUCCGCGACUCUUAGCUCCGGCGUGUUUAAUAAAUGUUGGUCAGUGUUCCUGUGUUGCGUCUUUGCCAUCAUAGCAGUAUUCAUGUUCACAAUAAGCCUUGUACCUCAUUCUGUAGUGGAUCGACAGGCCUAUGACAGUCUUUCUCCAACCGUCCACAAGUGGAAGUCCAAUUUGGACCACCUCCAGGUUGUGAACUCUUUCGGUCUCUUCCGAAGAAUGACCGGGGUCGGAGGUCGACCUGAGGUCAUCGUAGAGGGCAGCAAUAACAUCGAGAGAGGCUGGAAGGCCUAUGAGUUUCUCUACAAGCCUGGCAAUGUAUCUGAAGCUCCAGUUUGGGUCGCUCCUCACCAGCCCAGGUUAGACUGGCAGAUGUGGUUUGCGGCAUUGGGUUCAUACCGUCACAACCCGUGGUUCCUCAAUAUGGUCUAUAGAUUACUUACAGAUCAGCCGGAAGUACUUGCCCUGAUCAAAGACAGUCCGUUUCCUGAUAAACCGCCCAAGUACAUCAGAGCAACGUUAUUCCACUAUCACUAUACGCAAUAUGGUACCGAGGAGAUUGAUUGGUGGAAACGCGAUGAAGUCAAUGAAUAUCUGCCACCAGUUAGCCUUAAAAACCAGCAGUUCAUGGACAUCAUUCAGAAAAACGGCAUCAAAUUAAAAAAGACCACGAAGAAGAGCAAAAGCAGCCAUCAGCCCAACUUGUUAGAGCAGUUUGUGGUUUAUCUCAGGAGCUUGAUUGGGCAUCUGUCUGGAACAGUUUUAAUCCUUUCCCUAUUCUUGCCAUGUUUAUUCUACUCUUUGUAUUAUAGCUGACAUUCCCAAGGUCAAAUGACCCUGUAAAAGGUCAAGUAUACCUGUAUCAUUAGUAUAUGUGAAUCAGAAGAAUAUAAUUUAAGUUAACAUAGUAGUGAAGAUUUUGUUUAAAUCAGUGAGGAAAAUAGAAGUUAUAGCAUUUUGAUUUUUUUUAAUGAAAAAGUGAUAUGCAUAAACAUUGACAUUAUGCAUAGUAGUGAGCCAGUGAUGUAUUAUAAAUUUCUUUUCAUCAUCUCAAUCACCAUUUACCAUUACUCAUCAUCAUCACCAUCAUCAUUAUCACCAUCACCAUCAACAGUAUCACCAUCAUCUCACCGUCAUCACCACUAUCAUCAUCACCAUUAAAGGAGAAUGAAACCUUUGGAACAAGAUAGCUUGAGUGAAAACAGAAAAAUCAAAGAAACAGAUCAACGAAAGUUUGAGAAAAAUCGGACAAAUAAUGAGAAAGUUAUGAGCAUUUGAAUAUUGCAAUCACUAAUGCUAUGGAGAUCCUUAAAUUGGCAAUGCGACAAAGAUGUGUGAUGUCACCUGUGAAUAACUCUCCCCAUUGCUUUAGUAUAUAUUUCACUUAAAUUGCCUCUGUUAUCACAUCUAUCAGUAGAUCAUGUGUUCUUCCUGCAGGAGGGCAUGUAAUACAGAUUUUUAAAGAAUACAUCAUGGAUAAAGAGUUUGUUUCACCACAACAAAAAGCAGAAAGCGAUAUUUUGGGGGUAUUUUACAGUCCAUCAAAGGGAAAGUUGUUCACAUGCGACAUCACACAUCCUUGUCGCAUUGCCAAUAGGAGGAUCUCCAUAGCAUUAGUGAUUGCAAUAUUCGAAUGCUCAUAACUUUCUCAUUGUUUGUCCGAUUUUUCUCAAACUUUCUUUGUUCUUAUUCUUCGAUUUUUCUGUUUCAACACAAGCCUACUUAUUCCAAAGGUUUCAUUCCCCUUUAACAUUGUCAUCAUGAUCAUGAUCUUCAUUUCACCACCACCACCAUUGUCAUCACCGUCAUCUCACCAUCAUCAUCAUCAUCAUCAUUACAAUUAAACAUCACCACAUUCAUCAUCACCAUUCAUCGCUAAGUGGAGCCAGAUUUACAUUUAUCAUUUUGCACUAAGCACUUUGAUCAUUGUCCUAUUCAAUCCUCAAAUUUUGUUUAAUAAAAUCCCAAACACUUCAAGUGUUUGAAACAAAUUAGA